CAGAAGCGUUUGACUUGAAGCUGACUGGAAAAGUGCAGUCUGUUCAGAUGGAGCGCUUCCACUGCUGCACAGAAGAGCCCAAACACGCCGCCUAUAACAACCUGGAGGGACUUGGCACAGGCUUUGAACUGGAGACAGUCAAGAGCAACAUUAGGAUCCUGUUUGAAGAUGCAGUAAAGAAACGCUUGAUGGCUCACAGAAGAAUCGGUUGCCUGCUCUCAGGUGGUCUCGAUUCAAGUCUGGUUGCUGCUACACUUGUGAAACUGGCCAACGAAGAGCAGCUCCCGUAUCCCAUUCAGACGUUUUCCAUCGGUGCAGAAGACAGUCCAGAUGUUGCUGCUGCUCGCCAGGUGGCAGCGCACAUUGGCAGUGAGCACCAUGAGGUGAACUUCACCCCUGAGGAGGGGAUCCGUGCGCUGGAGGAAGUCAUCGUUCACUUGGAGAGUUAUGACAUCACUACUCUGCGUGCUUCUGUCGGCAUGUACCUGAUAUCAAAGUACAUCCGUGAGAAGACCGACAGCGUUGUGAUUUUCUCAGGUGAAGGUUCAGAUGAGCUGACACAAGGUUACAUCUACUUUCAUAAGGCGCCUUCACCUAAAGCAGCUGCAGAGGACAGUGUGCGUCUGCUGAAAGAGCUUUAUCUGUUUGAUGUGCUAAGAGCAGACAGAACCACAGCUGCACAUGGACUGGAGUUGAGAGUGCCUUUCCUGGACCAUAGGUUCACCGCAUACUACCUCUCUCUGCCUGAAGAGAUGAGAGUGCCUAAGGAUGGUGUGGAGAAGCAUCUCUUGAGGGAAGCAUUUAAAGGUUUGAAACUCAUCCCAGAUGAGAUUCUCUGGAGGAGGAAGGAGGCUUUCAGUGAUGGUAUGACAUCCAUGAAGAAAUCCUGGUACAGCAGCCUGCAGGAGCACAUCGAGUCUGAGGUGAAUGACUCUGAGUUGGAGAAGGCUAAUACGCGGUUCCCUUUCAAUCCUCCCACAACCAAAGAGGGCUUCUUCAUAAGGCAGAUCUUUGAGAAGCAUUACCCCAACCGCUGUGAGUGGACGCCACAUUACUGGAUGCCCCGCUGGAUCAAGGCCACUGACCCCUCGGCCAGAACCCUGUCCAUUUACAAGCCAGAUAAAGACCAGUAAUCAAAAUAACCAGACCACAUCAAGCUUCAGACCUUGCCUAGACCAUACAUUCACUACUGCACACAUACGUGCCAGGUCAAACAUACCAUAAUAUAUUUUUUGCAUCACCUUUUUCUGUUCAGUUUACUAAAGUUAUUUUUUAUUUAUUUUUUUAAGGUUGGUUUUAGUCUUUCCUAAAGAGAAUUGAGUCUAUUUUAGGAAAGCUCUUUAAAGAUUGGAGUGAAACCGUAUCUUCAGCUCAUGCAAUACAUUUCAAAAGCUAUAAACGGAGGCUUCCAUUACACUCAUGUAUUCUUCUUCUUCUUUUUAUGGAGGUUAAAUGUAUAACUAAGCAAACCAAAACAAGUGAAUUAGUGUAGUUUGUUGGUUAAAGGAAUCCCUUUAAAAAAUGGCAGAGUAACCUUUUGUUUCUUCUAAAAUGGUUUUGAUACUUUAGUAAAACUAUGAUAACUUAAUAUUAAUUAAACGAAAGAAAGUUUGAAGGAGAUUCCAUAUUCAUUUAUUAUUUUACAUUAGUAGCAAUUAAUGUAUACACUACCUUUCAAGGGUUGUCUCUUGUUCACUGAGGCUGCAUUUAUUUAAUCAAAAAUACAGUAGAAAAUAAUAUUGUGAAAUAUUAUUAAAAUUUAAAUGGCUUAUUAUUUUAAUAUAUUUUAAAAUGUUCCUGUGAUGUAAACCUGAAGCAGUCUUCAGUGUCACAUGAUCCUUCAGAAAUCAUUCUAAUAUACUGAUUCAUUUUUAUUUAUUUUUUUAUUCUUUGACGAGUAGAUUGUUCAAAAGAACAGCAUUUAUUUGAAAUGUGAAAAGUAACUGUUAAAGUCGUUACUGUGUUUAUCUAAAAAAGAAAAGAAUCUUAUUGACCCCAGAAUGGUAGUGUAUGUGUAUUUUUUGGUCCUGUAAUGAAUUUAAGUUACUAUGUGUUUGUAAUAUUCUGGACUGGAAGCUGAAAUGUUGUAGGGUCAAACUUUGGAGUUCAUGAACUGUCUCUGUGUUCUUGAGCUAUGCAUUUAUCCCAGGUUCCUUCACUGGGAUUGACAAUUUAAUGACUGUAUUUUUGUGUCUAUAGUCAGCUAAUUGAAGUUAGUAAUUGACUGGGUAGUUGAAAUGCUUUUAAGUUAUAUUUAUAUAUAUAAAAUGAGUUUUGAAGAAUCUGCCUCAGAGUUGAAUGAAUGGCACUGGUUAAAGUACGGUUAGUGUUAAGAUAUGAAACUAAAAUUGAGGGUUACAAAAUGAAUAUUUUAUUUAUUUAUUUUUUUUACUCUUUAUAUUUGUAUUUUCUUUGGUGCGCCAUCACUUUAAACUGGCUUAAAAAAAAAAUGAAAUAUGAAUUUCAGUAAAUAUAGUAUGUAGCUUGAAUGUUUGAAGAAACUGUAACUUCCUAUACUGAACGGUUUAAGAAGUUUUCAGUUAAUUUGGGUUUAAUGUGCAACAAAUGCUGAAGUUAUUGCAUUAUAAGAUCUGGUCAUGGUAUUGAUAAAUCCUUUCAUCAAAA